AUGGAUACCCUGCAGGAUACGGCGCCCCUGGAGCCCCUGGAAACGCAGGAAGCGCUCCUGGGCCAGGAUUUGCUCAGGGGCCUGGGGCUGAGUGACCGCCUCCCGGACGUGUCCAAGAACACGACGAAAAACAAUAGCGAGCGCGUUGUGCUGAAAACAAAAGCAGGCCUGCUCCACAUACCUCGCGGCCAACACACCCUUCGAUACGCGCAGAUUCUCUCGUGCCCCCUCCCCUCUGCUGUGCAGACUCUGACGUUUUCCUCUGCCUCUCUGUUGACAGGUCACCAGGCGGGCACACGCGACCGCCGGUCGCCGCGCCGGUCGCCCCGGACCUACCUCCGGGUGGACCUCCCCGCGGACCUCGCGGUGGACGACGCCGAGGUGCGGGUGCUGGUGCAGCAUCCGGGCACCGUCAGGGUGUUUGAGGUGUGGCGCGGAGGCCGCCGUCUGCUCGCGGAGCACGAGGCGACCUGGCCCGGCUGGAAGCGGCUCGUCGUCCUGGAGGCGGCCCAGCGCGCGUCCUCGCGGGGGGCGCCGCUGCUGCUGGAGCUGCGCUGCCCGGCGGGCGUGCGCUGCGAGGGCGCCGCCGUCAACGCCAUCGCCGAGCCCGCCGCGCACGCCCGCGCCCGCCGCGCCGCGCGCUCCGACUGCGGCCGCGACGGCACCAAGUGCUGCCGGCAGGCGCUCGAGGUGAACCUGGACCUCAUCCCCGUCAUGGGCUUCAUCGUGCAGCCCCGGCAGUUCGACGCGGGCGUGUGCCGCGGCCGCUGCCCGCCCCGCUACCACCCGGCCAACCACCACUCGCUGAUCCAGGGCCUGCUGCGGCGCCGGGAGCAGCGCGAGCAGCGCGACGCCGGCGACAAGCACCCGCCCCGCGUGCCGCGGCCGUGCUGCGCGCCCGAGCGCCUCCAGCCGCUCGAAAUCCUGCGCCUGGACGAGGACGACCCCACCAAGCUCAAGAGGAAGCCCCUGAGCGACAUGCGGGUCGUGAGCUGCUCCUGCGCCUGACUGCAUUUACCUCUGCGGACGGGGCGGCGCGGAGCUGGCCUCCCCCGCCCCUCUUCGCCAUGGCCACGGCCUGUCGCUAGUAUUAUUUCCACUUAGACGUGAUCUCAACCUUCGGUCGGGGAUGCCGCCGCUAGUCUAAGUGCCAUCCUUAGUGUGAAUCUCGUAGCGUUUCUGUAUUUAUUUUCGUUGUUUCUUGUCGAGCGCGGGCGGGCGCGCGUGGCCACGCUGGACGUGGCUCACACUGGCACGCCCGUCCCCGCCAGCUCAGAGUGCGUGAGUGCGUGAGUGUGCGUGUGAAUGGUUAGAGUGAUAAGUUCCUGUAGGCGAGCUCCUAGUCACGGUGGGGCCGCACAAACCCACCCAGCCUGUUGCAGCGGCGACAGUAUCACGAACGACUCGCGUAGGAUUAGGCCUCGCUCGCCGCGUCAGCGACAAAACAUGUGAUACUUGAUUAUAGUUUAAGUAUUUAUGUCCGGGAAGCAUUCGGAGGAUGUGUGUGUGAUGAUUUUGGUGGUUGUGUUUCUCCGCUAACAAUGCGAGGAAGGAGGCCGUGGACGUGAUGCCGUCGCCGGCGCCAAAAGUACAACCCUCGUUUAAGCUGAGGGAAUUCUUUAUUUAUUUUAUUUAGUGAUUUAUAAAGCACAUAUCCAUAGAAUGUUGUCCU